GAAUACAAAAUAAUGAAAAUAAUAUUCUUUUUCUUUUUAUCUGCGGAUUGCAAAUUGCACUAGACACCGGCCAAUCUUUUUUAGUGAUUUUUGGUUCAGUAACUUAGUCUAAUAUUCCUAAAUCGAUACAAUGCGUAUUGACACUUGUUAUUUUUGUUCGUCCAAAAUAUACCCAGGACACGGAAUGCAUUUCGUAAGAAAUGACUGUAAGGUAUUUAAAUUUUGUCGCUCAAAAUGUCACAGAGCAUUCCAAAAGAAGAAGAACCCAAGGCGUGUACGGUGGACUAAAGCAUACCGCAAGGCUGUUGGUAAAGAACUUGCUGUAGAUCCAUCCUUUGAGAUUGAAAAAAGACGUAACAUACCAAUGAAAUAUGACAGAGAAUUUUGGCAAAUGUCUAUGGAAGCAAUUAAGAAAGUUACUGAAAUUCAAAAGAAACGCCAAUCUACUUAUGUAAUGCAGCGAUUACGUAAAGGACGUGAAGUUGAACAGCACAGAGACAUCAGAGAAGUUCAAAGAGAUAUGUCUCUUAUUAGAUCACCUGCUGCAGGACUUAAACAACGUUUGGCAACUGAAGAAAAACUACUCGAAGAAGAGCAAGAAAAUGAUGUGGAGAUGAUUACUACAGAAGACGAAAAUAAUAUUGAUCAUAGUAAAUUAUCUUACAUAAAAAUAUAAAAUAUUUGUUCAAUGAUAUUGUAAUAUGAAUCUUUUUAUGAAUAUAUACAUGAGUAAUUAUUUA